GUUUCAGAUACUGUAGUCUUGUUAUCGGUUUUGGGGAAUUGGGACUUUACGCGUCGCGGGUUUUGCAUUGUUUGCCGGUUCUUUAUGCUCUAGAGGGCGAUGAGUGCUUCACCAAAUUUAAAAUGCGGUUUAUGCCACGAUUUCUUGGUGAAUGCCGUCACUGUGGCUGGGUGCAUGCAUAGUUUCUGCGAAGAGUGCCUUCUGAAAAACUUAUCAAUAUCUGGAAUCUGUCCAACCAAGGGUUGCAAAAAGAACGUCGAUAAAAAUGGAUAUCGACGAGAUUCUACGUUACAAAUGCUUGUGUACAAGUUCAUGCCACGAAUCUUCUUUGAAAAUGCUGAGAAGGAUAAGACGAUUGCAAAUGCAGGAAACAAAAAAGCUCAGAGAGAGUUGGUGCAAACGACAAGCGAGAUCUGUGAUCCAGAAGAACUGCUUUCGAUUUGUUUGGAGUUUGUACCUGCGCCAACGAAUGCAGUUAAGACUGAAGAAGAUACAGUUGCGGCACGGCCCUGUACCUCGGCAUCAACGAAUGAACCUCCUGCCAAGAAAGUUAAGAAGCAUCGCGAGCCACGUGAAAUCCAGCAAUCCUUUCGCCGGUUCUUCCGCUGUGCUGCGAAAGUCCCCAUACGAACAAUACGCCGACUGCUCGAAACAAAGCUUUUCCUCACAGACCAGUUCAGUGUGCACUUUAUAUCGGACCAUGAUUUCCAGGACAUCUCCGAUGACGUUACACUACGCACCCUGGUACUGGAUGGUGGAUUCGAUCGCACACGGCCAUUCCGAUUAUUCUUCACGCUCGUUCCGACGGUAAUCGACGACGCGCCGCCAGUUCUCGAUGCGGAAACGAUGCCAUGCCUAAUGCCAGAAGCGCCGGUCCAUCAAGAAACCCCGCCCAACGUACAACCAUCCGGUCCUAUUCAACCCGUACAAAUCGUCUCGCCCGUAGUUCCGGCGUUGACCGUCAGCCUCUCAACCGAUAUUUACGGUCAUUCGGCACCCAUCAUCACACAACAAUGUGCGCCUCGUAAACGUCGAAAGCUUAGUGAUCCGAAGAAAAGUCCUACGGAAAAAUCGCCGACGACAAGCGCUCCGCAUCCAACACCAAUCGCACCGAAUAUGUUGGUCGGACAAUUGCUACGACCGAUGUUCAUCGCUCAACCGCCUUUUUUACAUCGAUCACCACCGAACAUGCAUAUAUCAAUGCCGUUCCAACCUCCACAGAUGCCGACAUCUAUGGAAUGCCCUCCGAUGAGAAAACCUGGACCAGCUCAUGAAAUGGAAACUCCUGAUCGACCGCCGCGACUUCAACGUGAAGAUCCAACAAACGCAUCAGCGCAACCCACACCAUCAAACCCACCUAACGCCCCUGCUUAUACUCCUGCCACCCCUCAACAGCAGCCACCCACUUCUUCGCCUGCUCCAAGCACAGAGGUAAACAAGUUACCGCGGCCCGAACAAACCCAGCAGAUGAUGCCACCACCGCCUUUACCAGUACCACCGCCGCUGCCUGUGCAGACAUCUCAACCACCUCCAUCCGCUGCCACUAUGCCUACCGUAGCCAGUGUGCUAGCUGAGCAGAAGACGCCAAAGCCGUUGCCAAAGUCGUCACCGAAGCCUAGACCUACACAAGAGGGCGGUGUCACUGCUAUGAAGGCCCCCAGGGCCACUGGUUCUCAGAAGGGGCAACAGUCAAAUCAAAAACCUAACGGAGAAGUGAGGGCUAUACAAAAAGUCGAUAUCACAACAACACGACCACCGCCUGUGAAAGUUGAUCUUCCAGCUCCGUCGUCGUCCAAAGAACUUCCACAGAAAAGUGCAGGCGUAUUGCCCAAAGUUCAGCCGCUCCCAUCGAUGUCGGCACCUCCUCCUCAGAAGAAGCCGCCACGACCAAAUACGCAGCCGCAGCAAAAUGGCAGCGGUAGCAGCGGAAAAAUGACGCAAAGCAAUAUUCCCGCACCCAAGCCGAAGCCUACUGUGUCUGCGCCUCCCCUUACAAUGCCAGAAAACCCUCGACCUGUUCAACCGGUGCUUCCACAACUACUGAAUGCGACAAAUGAUGCGCGAACGAUGCCGUCAGUGCCGCCUGCUGCGGAUACGGCGCCAAAGACAUCGAAUUCAACGCCAAAUGGAAUGUGUGGAACGACGAACAGCAAUCCUCCGGCGAGUUCGUCCACUUCAACAGCAAAGGAACCUACACCAACAUUGGCGAAUCCGCCAGUCACGGCGGAACCGCCGGCGACCACGACUGCACCACCUGCGCCGAUGGACUUCCGGCGUAUGGCAACGCUGAAUAAGCAGUCACUAGGGCGUACACUGCACGCGGUUCUCACGAGUGGUCGUGCAGCAAAUGCUGCGGAUGCGGCGUCGAAGAACACGAAUGGCACGAGCGCGCCUGCAUCGAUGGACGUGCGACCGUCGGUGACGGCGUCAUUGAACGGGAAAAUCAACAAAGAAGCUAGUGUCGAUGUUGUGCACUAUCCGAGCCCGAAAUCGCUAUCAGCGUGAGUGUCUGGUGAAAAUAGUCAAGAUUUAGCACAGCUAAGUGGAUUUUGUUGAAAAUUACAUGUUUAUCAUGACUUUUUGUUGUAUUAUUGAAGUUCUAUCUUCUCGCAUUUCUUCUUUGAAGUUCUUUGAUCUCACUUAUUAGUUAAAUCAGCAAUUUGUCCAUGACUUAGCUAAUUUCUAACUACAUUCUUCCACUUUCCAUUGUUAUCCGUCUUACUAAACUAAUUCACGUCAUCCAUCCACUUCUGUGCGAAAUGCAUUAGCUGUGUGCAGCUCACAAUGUGAUCGAAUAUCUCGCCUCGUGUGUCUCUGCUCUUCACUCCCCCCCCCCCCCUUCCCCUCAUUCAUGUUGUCCUUUUCACAAGCUCUGUCGCGGGUGUACCCGGUUUCCUAUCGGUUUUUCUAGCAGUAACGUCUGCAUAUGCAAGCAGACGUUAGCAUGCCUAUAGUCAGGCGUUCAACUGUGCAUUUAGUGCUUUUACAUAAUUUGUUUACAUAUAUUGUUGUGGCUGUAUCUGAUUUAUGUCUUGCUGAAGUUUUUCACUAACUUUCUUGCUAAAUGUAUUGAAGUUCUACAAAGUUAUAUAUAUAUUAGAUAUGUAUUUACUGUG